AUGGCUGACUUGAUUUUUGGUGGUACAGAAGAGGAGAAUGCGGAAUUGAAGAAGCUGCAUGCGGAGGUGCUGGAAGAUUCUGAUAACUUCGAAAACUGGGAGAAAUUGAUUCGUGCGGCGGAGGGCCAGGAAGGGGGAAUCAAUCGCAAUUCUAACCCCCAAGCUAUCACAGCAACAAGAGGCGUAUACGACCGAUUCCUGGCCAAGUUUCCCUUGUUGUUUGGAUACUGGAAAAAAUAUGCUGAUUUGGAGUUUUCGAUUGCGGGGACUGAAGCUGCGGAAAUGGUUUAUGAACGGGGUGUUGCAAGCAUUAGCAAUUCCGUAGAUCUAUGGACCAAUUACUGCGCGUUCAAGGUCGAAACUUCCCACGAUGCAGACAUUAUUAGAGAACUUUUUGACAGGGGCGCAAGCUGUGUGGGGCUUGACUUCCUAGCACAUCCGUUCUGGGACAAGUACAUCGAGUUUGAAGAACGUCUUGAAGCUCAAGACAAGAUUUUUGCCAUAUUGGCAAAUGUUAUUGAAAUUCCUAUGCACCAGUACGCGAGGUACUUUGAGCGCUAUCGCCAGAUGGCUCAAACUCGCCCCGUCUCUGAGUUAGUUCAACCAGAGCUGUUAAGCCAAUUUCGUGCAGAGGUGGACGGUGCAGCAGCUGGGAUUCCUCCAGGGUCUAAGAGUGAGGCAGAAAUUGAAAGAGACCUUCGCCUUCGGAUUGAUAGCUACCAUCUAGAAAUAUUUUCGAGAACACAGACGGAAACUACCAAAAGAUGGACAUAUGAAUCCGAAAUAAAGCGUCCCUAUUUUCAUGUGACGGAACUAGAUGAAAUGCAGCUGUCCAACUGGAGGAAGUACCUUGACUUCGAAGAAGCUGACGGCUCUUUUUCGAGAAUUCAGUUCUUGUACGAGCGUUGUCUUGUUACCUGUGCUCAUUAUGAUGAAUUCUGGCUCCGAUACGCCAGGUGGAUGCUGGCCCAAGAAGGCAAGGAAGAAGAAGUUCGGAAUAUUUACCAGCGUGCCAGCACGUUAUAUGUUCCAAUUUCUCGGCCUGAAGUCAGACUUCAUUAUGCGUAUUUCGAAGAGUUAUCCGGACGGGUAUUCCAGAAAAACCAACAGUGGUAUCCGGAUAGCCGUCCUUUCUGGACAAGCUAUCUGAUGUUCGAACUUGAACAACCUACCAGUGCAGAAACUGAGGACGUGCAAUAUCAACGCAUUAAGCAAGUGUUGAGCGAAAUUCGAUCGAAGAGCACCCUCCAGCCCGCGAUUGUAAAGGAGCUUGUCCAAAUUUAUAUGUUAUACUUGCUAGAACGUGGAUCGAACGAAUCUGCGAAGGAGUAUAUGACUCUGGACCGCGAGAUAAAUGGACCCCAGUCCGUUCAAGCGUUGAUGAAACCAUUGGUCGACAAGGAUAUCCAAGUUAGUAAAGUUACUGUCAACCCGAAUGGAAGUCAAGCCCCUCCAUCCACGGAACCCACCACCCAGCAAGCUCAAGUCCCGUACGGCAAACAGUAUCAGCAACCACCAGAGAGACCUAUUUCGUCUAAUGGGAGUGUAUAA